AUGAAGAGCAGAGGAUUGGAGCUGAGAAUCGUGCUGGUGGAAACAGGGACGGGCAGAAGUGCCACAGGGGACAGCACCAUGGGGAAGCAAGCGUUUGAGCCCCAGCUGCCCUCCCAGACCUUUACUCAGACCUGCAGGGAGAGUGUGGGAUGCUGGGGAGAGAGAACGGUGGUCGUCAUGGGCACAGUGGACCUGUGUUCAGGGAAGGACCGCUCCGAUCCCCUGCUCGGAGAGGUGCAGAAGUGCUACCUGCUCUGACCAGGCCCCCAUGUGCUCCUCCUGGUGAUGCAGCUGCACUGUUUCACCGCCCAGGACCAGCAGGCUGCACAGAGGGUGAAGGCGGUCUUUGGAGAGGGUGCCAUGAGACACAUUGUCCUCUUCAGCCACAAGGAGGACCUCGAGGGAGGCUCCUGGAUGGAGUACAUCCACCACUCGGAAAAUAAAGCCCUAGGUAGGCUGGUGGCUUCGUGUGGGGGGCAACCAUACGCCUUUAAUAAGGGAGCCAAAAGGAGUGAUGUGGAAGACCAAGAGAAGAAGCUGAUGGACUUGAGGGAGGGCCUGGUGGUGGAGAGAAGUGGGGAGCCCUGUACCAGUGAGCUGUAUGGCCUAGCGACAGGGCUGGAAUGUGGACGUGAGUGGUCAGAGGAAAAAUUGGAGGGCUUCAAAGGGUGCCUCGUAAAGUACAUGGAAAAGCAGAGACGAGGCACAACCAUGGCCAAAAGCAAUUGCCUAAAAAGAGCCCCAAUCCAAAUUGAGUGUGUUCUAGUUUGUAUUCAGUUAUCUGUCCGAUUGCUACCUUGGUUAUUUUGUGUAUUGCUCACUAUGAAAUUUUUUUACUACUUACUGUGUAGUAUGUGCCAUUUGUUUUGUAGAUUAUUGUUAAUUAUACUCAGAAAAUCAGUGACAAUUCCUGGGAAGACCAUUGGUUUGGAAUGCAAGACUCCCAGGUGA